AUGGGGAGCUCCAACGAGAAGUGCACCGCUUGCCAGGGAUCAGGUAAAGUCGAAAGCAAAGGGCUCAAUGUCGGAGCAGCACUGCUUGGCGGUGCCAUCGGGGCCGCAACGUUGGGUCCUGUUGGCAUGGUGGCUGGGGGCAUCUUGGGCGGUGGAGCCCCGAAAGAGUGCGAGUGCGAUGCUUGCCAUGGCUCCGGCAAUGCAAGCAAUGGUAGCACAGGCCGCGUGAUGACCAUGUACCACGGGACCAGCGCCGCAAACGUGCAGUCCAUCAAGCAAAAUGGGUUUCGUCCGUCGAGCAGCGGAAUGCUGGGCCCUGGCGUCUACGUCUCGCGUGACCGGCAGAAGGCCGAGAAGUAUGGGGACACUGUGCUGGAGCUAGACGUAAGGCCCGGCAAGACCAAGAAGAUCACCUCCCAGAACGAUGCCCUGCGCACGACCUGGCAUGAGCAAGGCUACGACUCAGCCUGGGUUCCGCCGAACUGUGGCAUGGUCAACUCAGGUCGAACCGAAACCUGCGUCUACGACCCAUCUCGGAUUAAGGUCAAGUCAAAGUAA